CGCCGCUACGGGCAGUCCGGCCCCACCGCCCGCGGGCCGGUGUUUCUGGCAGCGCCUCUGCCGCCCGCCCCCACCCCAGCGACGAAGGGGCCCGGAGGGGUUUCUCGGGGGUAUCCAGUGUGGUUCAGCGGGGGCUCCGACCCCAGAACGGGCUUUGCACCGAUUUCCCGUCACAACCCGGCCGGGCUGCGGCCCGCAGCUCCCAUCUCCGGGCCUAGUGCUCCGCCUCGGGACCCCUGAGCUCAGCGCCUGGCUCGUCAUUGCUUGGGAGAGGGAUCCCACGCGUUAGGGAGGGGCCUCUCCUCUGCCGUCCUGCCUUGCUCUCCCGAGAGAGGACUUGGCUGCAGCUCUGCCAUGCCUGUGCCAGUCUCUGCCCACCCUCCCGCGCUGAGCUGCUCACCUCUCCAGGCUGCUGCUGCAGGACACGGUGUUUGACACCUUGGGGCAGACCCUGCGAGCUGCUUUGUUGGUGGACACGUGCCCAGCUCCUGAAGAACAGAUAUCCCCUGUGCAAACAACAGUACCACUGUACCGCUCUACCUGGCCCCCUUUGGUUUUGGAGAGGCAAAAGGGAAGAUGGGUCUUGGCGAUUGGCCCAUGGGGAAGAGCUGGUGAAAGCGAGGGAACCUGCGUGGGGAAUAGCAUUAAAAGGAGAAUAUUACUCUCUGCCACUGCAGUCUGUGGAGGGUAGCAAGGGGGAAGCAUGGGCAUGGACUAACACCACCGGUUAAAACUACGGAGGGAGGAAGCAAACAGCCAAGACCAGCUGAAUGGAGAUUAGCCCUUUGCUGUGCUGCAGAUGACUUGCGCUGCUUACCACAGCUUAUCGCAGCUGUGGGAGGGUUUUUUUCCCGUGCUUUUCGCCAUCAUAAAGGCAUGAAGCCGGCCUUGUGUCAGCUCUGUGUGUGGUAGCGGCUUCCUGGCACUGUGAAAAUGUGAACUGUGAAGAGGAGGGGAUCCUUCGGAGGCAGAUGCAGCAGGUUCAGGGCUGUGAAAAAUGCCUGCCAAAGCCUUGUCCGUUCCCAUGUGUUGUAGUUUCCUUAACUACGAUGCCAAAAAGAAGCCACGAAAGGAAGCCAUGGUUCAUGCGGGCUAUACGCUCACGGUCAGCAGGAGCAGAGGCAGAAGCUUGGGAAGCCUGUACGGAUCAUUGGUAACUGAGGCUUGGCUGCUGCUUCCCAGGGCUGGGAGACCGAUGCGAGGGGCUUGUGUCCCACACAGUGGUGGCUGGUUUCUGUGGUGGCAGCAGAGUGACGGCAGGAUGUGUGAGGGGCCAUCUAGGAUUUCUGGACCCAUUCCUCCGGACCCUACGCUCUUUCCAAACUAUUACAAACGCCCCUUCUCAGCUCGAGGGAGGCUGGAAGGGAAUGCUCAGAAGCUGGAUUUUACCUCUGGCCCCCUGGACCCAGUUCCCAACCCAUAUCCAGCUUUGGGCAGUGCCCAGCAGAUCCACCCAGCCCCUCGUAUUCGCCCCAGUGGAAAGGACUUUCUGGAGAAGGGACAGAAGGGGACGCUCAGCCUCUUGCUGCAGCUCGAAGGGAUCUCCCUUGACAGGGGGCUGCCAGUCAAGAGUAAAGAGUCCAGGGACCAGGAGAAGGAAAAUGUGAGGCGAAUAAAGGAGAUUCAGAAGAAGUGCAAAGAGAGGGAGCGAGCCCAAGAGCACAGCCAGCCCAAGCCUGUGAAAGCUCUGUGGAAAUCCCAGAAAUAUGAAAAUGUGGAGUCAAAGGUGAAGGCCAAGCUGCAGGAGAGCUCCCCGCCUCCAAAUCCAGAGGCUCUGAAAUUCCUGAGGGCAUAUUCUCGCUGUGGCCCUGGGAUCAAGCCAUGCAGAUCGCUCUCCCCAAGGCCUGCCAGAAUGAAAGCAGGGGCAGAUGCUGAGGCUCCGGAGGCACUGGGUAUUGAAACCAAGAUGCAGGUGGAGGGCAAAAGCAUUGACUUCAUUAAGCACAACGCCUGCAAUGCCAAGCGGGCCCCGCUGCGGCGCUCCCAGUCCCUGCAGGCGCUGGCCGAGCUGCUGGAACAGAAGCACCGGGAGCAGGAGGAGUACAACGCCAAGCAAAAGGGCCACGUCCCUCAGUACCUGCUGGAGAGGAAGGAGCUGUGGCGCAGGCAGACGGAGGAGCGGCUGCGAAACCUGCCAGAUCCUGACACCCCACCUGGUCAUACCAUGAUGCCAGAGGGCCAGCGGCUGGAGACCCUCGGCAAUCUGAAGCAGAGCCAGGAGCAGCUGAUAAAGGACCUGGUGAUGCUGCCAGUGCGUGCAGACACCCUCAGCAUGCAAAAGAGGCGGGUGGAGCUGGAGAGGAAGCUCUCCCAGAUAGAAGAGGCCAUCAACAUUUUCUCAAGGCCCAAGGUCUUCAUCAAGCUGGACUCAUGAGCCAGUGGGGCUGGGUGUUGUGCUGCUCUGCAGGAACAUCCCUCAUGGCUGGAAAGAGACGAUCAUCACUUUGGGAGGGAAGGAGAGGAAGGCAAGUUCAGGAUCCUGGGCCCACUCCGGUGCCAAUACAGUGUCCAACAUGCAACCGGCAUCUCUUGGUCUCCCUCCAGUUCUGUGUCUUGUCCACAGAAAAGGGAGGGAGAUGCCCUAAUAUACUCCGCAAUCUGGAGAACAGUUGUCUCUGUGCUGCCUGGCUUCUCAGAGAUCCGCUCUCUGCUCUGGAUCCUUCUUUCUGCAGAAGCCUGAAGGGGCCGGGGAGGUUGGGUGUCACAGCACUGGGGUGCUGGGACGUGGUGGUGGACUCAGAGUGGAGAACGUAUGGUGUCCAGACGGAU